CCCGCUCCAGGGAGCGGGCGGCUGAGCCGAGUCGAGCCGUGCCGGGCUGCGGGGACGGGGACACGGACACGGUGGUGUCACCUCCGUCCCUCCCUUCGCUGUCCCCAUCACACCCUGCCAACGGGGGCAGCAUCAGGGGUGUCCCCCCCCCAGACCCCAUCCCGGGGCUUGGCGACCUGGAGGCUUUCCCAGCGGCAGCAGGGUGCUCCCAGGACCUGAUGGAUUUCUGAUACCUCGCUCCUGAGGGGCUGGAAGGAGCAUGGUUAAACACCAGCCACUGCAGUACUACGAGCCACAGCUAUGUUUGUCCUGUCUGACCGGGAUCUACGGCUGCCGCUGGAAACGGUACCAGCGGUCACAUGAUGACACCACCAAGUGGGAGCGCCUCUGGUUCCUCAUCCUCACCUCAUCCUUCUUCCUGACCCUGGUUUGGUUUUACUUCUGGUGGGAAGUUCACAAUGACUACAAUGAAAUCAACUGGUUUUUAUAUAACCGAAUGGGAUAUUGGAGUGACUGGUCCAUUCCAAUACUUGUGACAACUGCUGCUGGCUUUACGUACGUUACAGUGUUAUUGAUACUAGCACUAUGUCACAUAGCUGUGGGACAGCAAAUGAACCUGCACUGGCUUCACAAGAUUGGCCUGGUGACAACCUUGAUAACUACCGUGGUGACCAUGUCAUCGAUAGCACAGCUUUGGGAUGACGAAUGGGAGAUGGUAUUUAUUUCACUGCAAGCCACAGCCCCUUUCUUGCAUAUAGGAGCACUUGCAGCAGUCACAGCCCUGUCGUGGUUGAUAGCGGGGCAGUUUGCACGGACGGAGAAAGCCACUUCUCAGAUGCUGAUGUUCACGGCAUACCUCGCAGUUGUAGUUGCACUUUACCUUGUCCCCCUCACCAUCUCAUCCCCUUGCAUAAUGGAGAAGAAGGCUCUGGGACCAAAGCCAGCCAUCAUAGGUCACCGUGGAGCACCAAUGUUGGCACCAGAAAACACUCUGAUGUCCUUCCAGAAGGCAGUGGAGCAGAAGACGUAUGGAGUCCAAGCUGAUGUUGUACUGAGCUAUGAUGGAGUGCCAUUUCUGAUGCAUGACAAGACACUCAGGAGAACAACUAACGUGGAGGAAGUGUUUCCAGAGCGGGCCUACGAGCACUCCUCCAUGUUCAACUGGACUGACCUGGAAAAGCUCAAUGCUGGAGAGUGGUUCCUACGGAACGACCCUUUCUGGACGGCUGGGUCUCUCUCAAGGUCUGACUACCUGGAAGCUGCCAACCAGUCGGUCUGCAAGCUGGCAGAUAUGCUGGAGGUGAUCAAGGACAACACAUCGCUCAUCCUGAACUUCCAGAACUUGCCAUUAGCUCAUCCCUACUACAGCACUUACAUCAACAUCACCCUGGAAACCAUCCUGGCAUCGGGAAUUCGGCAGCAGGCUGUGAUGUGGCUGCCGGACACGGAGAGGCAGCUGGUCAGACACAUUGCUCCGGGCUUCCAGCAGACUUCUGGCCUCAAGCUGGACACAGAGCACAUGAGGGAGAAAGGCAUCGUGAAGCUCAACCUGCGUUACACCAAGGUCACGAAUGAGGAUGUCAGGGACUACGCCAUGGCAAACCUGAGUGUGAAUCUCUACACUGUGAACGAGCCCUGGCUGUACUCCAUCCUGUGGUGUGCUGGUGUCCAGUCGGUCACCUCCGACAGCUCCCAAGUCCUUCGCAAGGUGCCUUUUCCCACCUGGCUGAUGCCUCCAGACGAGUACCGCCUAAUCUGGAUCACAUCUGAUCUCAUUUCAUUUAUCAUAAUUGUAGGAGUUUUUAUAUUCCAGAACUAUCACAUGAUCAGGUGGCGCUUUGGAAGCAUCAGGACCUACAAUCCAGAGCAGAUCAUGCUCAGUGCUGCUGUCCGCCGGUCCAGCCGGGACGUCAAGAUCAUGAAGGAGAAGCUGAUCUUCUCAGAGAUCAACAAUGGUGUGGAGACCACGGACGAGCUGUCCCUCUGCUCUGAGAACGGCUACGCCAACGAGAUGCUCACCCCCAUGGACCACCGGGCCACCAAGCUGCGGAUGAACUGAGGGGCUCCGGUCCAGCCCUUGGCACGUGGCAUCCCCUGUGCUCACUCCAGCAGCGAGAGCCGUGCUCUCCUGCUCGCUGCGGGAUGGGAACCUGUGAGGAACUGCUGGUCGGGCAGAGACCCCUUCCCAUACCCCAUCAUUUGCUGCUCCACCUCCCUGGUUGUGAGGUUGGGGGUGCUUCUUUUUGUAAAUAUGUAGAAAAUCUGGACAUUUUUGUGUCUCUCUUUUGGGUUUUUUUGAGUGUAAGUUUUCCAGGGCAUGAGUGGAAAUACUGUGUUCAUUAAAUCCUCAACCUUGAAUCUUGACCUGACAGCCUAAAUCCUCUUGGGGCGGUCUGGGAAACACACAUUGGACGUGUCUCUCCUUUCUCCCCCUUCCCCUGCUCCAUUCCUUCCCUUGGUGCAGCGACUGUGUAGCUGAAUGUUGUGAUGUUCUUGUGAAGUGUUGUUUUUGUUAUGGGUUUUCUCUGGAUUUCCUUCCUUUUCCUGGGCAAUGAAGUUAUAGCUCUAAUGCAACAAGAGGCUGUUUGGAGGAGAGAAGCUUUCCUACAAGAACAGAUAGCACUUGGAGCCAGGGAAAGGGUUGCACUGGCUCAGCCACUUGGGCACCUUCUCCCUAUCCCGUUCUCCUUUCCCCAAAGCCUGGAUGCUCCAUGAUGGCUUGCAAUAAGCAAUGUCAUGGGCACCAUCACCACUCAGAUCCGGCUAAAGUGCCUGCCACUCCAAGUGGCAUCUGCAGUCACUCCUUGCUUCCCUGUCCUUGCACCCAUGUAGGAAGAGGAGAUGAUAGUGUGGUGUGAGCUUCCCCUUCUCCAGGCCAAGGAGAUGCCCAUGGGUGAAGGAGCUGUAUAUAGUUUGGAAGGUGAAGCAGCCUUGGAGUGUAAUUUAUUCCUGCAAGGAGAUCUUUCGUCCUUGCUUUACAAGCAGGAUCUUUAGAGCUGCAUGUUCUUGUCCUCCAAAGGAGCGAUGGUCUUGCAGCAGAUGCUGACAGGCUCAUGAAGGUGGGAGCUCUCACCAGCGUGCUUCCAAUGCAAAAGGCUUUAAACCAAAAUCUUAGACUAGAGAUGAAAAGAAAAGCUUAGAAACCAAGUAAAUGACAACUGAAUUUUAUCCCCUCCAGCUUAGAAACCAAGUAAAUGACAACUGAAUUUUAUCCCCUUCCUGAAACAGCUCAAGGGCGGUCUCAGCUCUUGGAGACCUUCAAGCCCUCGUGGAGAAGAGCCUGUUUUUGGGUCACUUUGCUGUUCACACGGAGCUGGUUCCCAAGGCAGCUGAAGCCAGCCGGAAGGCUGCUGGAGCUGUGAAUGGGUCUUGGCUCAGUCCCCGUGGCCUUUUGGUCUUGGGUUGCUUCCUUCCUCGCUGGAUCUUGGUUGAAGCAACGUGAGAAAUCCCAUUGAGGUCAAGCUUCCUUUGAAGCUUGGAGUGCUCUGCCUUGAAAGAGGUGGGACCAUCAAAGCCAUUCACCAUGGAGGGAAUGGGAGCUGAGUCUUUGGGUGCUUGCCAAGCUGGGAGAAGUCACCUUGCAGAGGAGAAGGCAGUCUGGGGGAUGCUGAAGUGCAUGAUGAGUUUGACUCCUAAAACAGGUUUGGAAGGGAAAAACCAAGCCACAAUAGAAGCAGCUUUGAGCAGUUUUGGCAGCACUGAACUGAUCUAUCUUAUGCUGUACUCAAGUAGCACUUUGAAACCCCAGAGUCUUGGGCUUAGUGUGUAAGAAUUGGGGGCAAAAGUGGCCAACUUAUCCAUGUAAAGGAAAAAAUAGCCCUAUAGAUAAUGAAAAUAUCUAUAUUGUGAUGCUUUAAUAAGCACCUCCUAAGCAGUGUAAAUUAGGACUUUGAUUCCUUUGCAUCUCCCCUGGGUUUAUAUGAAUGUAAAUGGAGUAAGACCCUGGUCCAUGCUCUUACUUUCCCCAAAUACCUUCCUUCUAUCUGGUACUCUGAAAAACAGUGUGGUUUUCUUCUGUAGAACUGCAGGAUUUUGGUGGCUUUGAAGGCUUUUGAGAACAAAGUUGCUUCUCCCUUUCAUGUGGUGCUGUCUGAAACAUUCCCAGUGGAUUGUCAUUGCCAAGUGAGAGAUGUUCAAUCUCAGCAUCUGUUGAUAAUCACCUGCAUGUUCUGUUUUUAUCCUUGGAGAUGACGUUAUUGAGAAGUGCUUCGAAGCUUGGAAGUGUUAAAAGCAAUCCAACAAAGAGUUACAUUCACUGUUCUCUUUCCUUUUUUUAAUGAAAAGACCCAAACUUCAUGCGUGAUGCACUGACCGUUGCCAUUAUCAUCCUCAAUAUUUGCUACCUUUUCUUUUUUAACAAAAAAGGAUGAUACUUUUGGGAUGAAAAUAGAGCUAGACCAAAAUAAACUCUGCGAUGCUCUGUGAAAUAAACUGUCAGUAUUCCCCUGCCA